AUGGAGGUCAACGCGUACAUGGCCCACAAGGACAAGGCCUCGUGGUUUGUUAAUGAUCGUGUUCAUACAGAUGGCAAGAUGUAUGCUGCAACGCCAUUUGAUCCGCUGUUUCUGAUGCUGGCGGUGCUGGAGCGGUGUCCGAGCAUUGAGACAUCGUUCCAUCGACGGGACCAGAUCCUCAGUUGCGAGUCGUGCCCGGCGCUCGGGCGGACGCUCGGGGCGCUGGUGGCGGACUUUAGCCCGCUGUGCGAGCGCAAGGGCAAGGAGGCGGUGGGCGAUGACAGCUCGCUUUGGCGGCUGGACGAGGCGCGUGUGGUCGCAUGGCUCAAGACCAAGGUCGAGGCGGUGGUGGCGGCGAUGGCGUUGGUGUCUGCGGCGGCGGUCUCAGGCUUCCGCUCGUCGUCGGCGCGCAACAAGAAGCGCAAGCGGAGCGACGAGCUUGCAGGCUUUGCCGUCGCGCUGGUCUCAGACUACGUGUCGGAGACGUGGGCUGCCAAGCUGAGCGAGGCAGUGACCGGGGUGACGACGAGCGGCGACCGGGCAGCAGCAGCCAAGAAGGCCAAGACAAGCGCGAGCAGCGGGGCGGCAACCGAUGCCGACAUUGCACCGCUGGAGGACUACUCCAAGGGAUUCAAAAAGUCGAGCUCGACCGCGUCGGCUGCGUCCAAGAUGACACCGGCGCAGAAGCGGCUGUCGCAAACGAACCUGAAGGGGUGAAGAAGCUGAGUGCGUUCUUUGGGGCGCCACAGUGAACGUGCAAUGUAAGAGAGAGAGA